GGGUACGCACACGGCCCUCUUAAGCUUGCACGCGGCUUGUAGCGCCGAUGUAUCCACGGUGACUGUGUCAACGGAAUCCACUUGCGCUCAUUCGCGCAUUUCGCUGAAGGUGCUUAUGGGCUGGUCUCGCUUGUAAGCAGUCAAAAGGAUAGCAGCGACGCGCUCCCUAUUUUUUUAUAGUCACAGUCCAACGGCAAUGCUUUCCAGAGGGCGUCCCCUUCAGGGCGCCCUAGCGGCGCUGCUAGGUUGCGCACGCAGCACGGCGGCGCUGGAUGGACCCCUUCUUGUUGCGACCAUGGAGGAUCUCAUCUCCGCUGGGCGGUACAUCACCGGCAGCUCCUUAUCCGAUGAUGACGAUAAGGCUGGUCGCCCUACCACACCCUGGGUGCGCCAGGUCAUUAGCGGUGUGGACCUGAUGCGGCACCCCAAGUACAACAAGGGUCUCGCCUUCUCCGACUCCGAGCGCGACCGGCUGUACCUGCGCGGCCUGCUGCCCCCCGCCGUGCUCAGCCAGGAGGUGCAGCUGGAGCGAACGCUGCUCAACAUCCGAAGCAAGGAGAGCGACCUGGACAAGAGCACCUACCUGCAGGGUCUGCAGGAGCGCAACGAGCGGCUGUUCCACCGGGUGCUGCUGGAGGCGCUGGAGGAGCUGCUGCCGGUGGUGUACACGCCCACGGUGCGGCUGGCCUGCCAGAAGUACGGCCUCAUGUUCAAGAGCCUGCCGCGCGGGCUGUUCAUCACGCUGGAGGACCGGGGCCGCGUGUUCCGCAUCCUCAAGAACUGGCCGGAGCGCAACGUGAAGCUGCUGG